CCCUCCCCCAUCCGCCAUGUUUUCUGGCCGGGUCAGCCUUGGUCUUUCCCCUUAAGGAAAUGGCCAGGGAACUUCAGAGAACCCAGGCACCGUUGCCUCGGAGGAGCCCGGGCUGACGCGGCAGGGCAGCGGGGUAAACCGGAAGAGUUCUGCCCGGGGUAGGGAGGCCAUGGCGUCCGGCAGUAACUGGCUGUCGGGGGUGAAUGUCGUGCUGGUGAUGGCCUAUGGGAGCCUGGUGAGGAGAUUCCCCGACCCUAUUCCUGCUGUUGCGUGUGACCCAGUAGAGCCCCUCCUCGUGUUUGUACUGCUAUUUAUUUUUGUGAAGAGGCAAAUCAUGCGCUUUGCAAUGAAAUCCCGAAGGGGACCUCACGUCCCUGUGGGACACAACGCCCCCAAGGACUUAAAAGAGGAGAUUGAUAUUCGACUCUCCAGGGUUCAGGAUAUCAAGUAUGAACCUCAGCUCCUUGCGGAUGAUGAUGCAAGACUGCUGCAGCUGGACACCCAGGGAAAUCAGAAUUGUUACAACUAUUUAUACAGGAUGAAAGCUCUGGACGCCAUCCGUGCCUCUGAGAUCCCGUUUCAUGCUGAAGGCCGGCAUCCCCGUUCCUUAAUGGGCAAGAAUUUUCGUUCCUACCUGCUAGAUCUUCGAAAUACUAGUACUCCUUUCAAGGGUGUGCGCAAGGCUCUCAUUGAUACCCUGCUGGAUGGCUAUGAGACAGCCCGCUAUGGGACUGGGGUCUUUGGCCAGAGAGAGUACCUGCGCUAUCAGGAGGCCCUGAGUGAGCUGGCCACAGUGGUCAAAGCCCGAAGUGGGAGCUCCCAGCGACAACAUCAGUCAGCAGCCAAAGACCUAACCCAGUCUCCUGAAGUUUCCCCAACAACCAUCCAGGUGACAUACCUCCCCUCCAGUCAGAAGAGUAAACGUGCCAAGCACUUCCUUGAAUUGAAGAGCUUUAAGGACAACUAUAACACACUAGAGAGUACUCUGUGAUAACGCUGAAGGACUUGCUGUUGAUGGAGCCAGAGAGACUGCAUUGGGCUUGCCCGGCGCCCCUCAGGCCGCCUGGAUCAACGGGCCCAGGCUGGAUCAGCUGAAGCUCCCAAUCAUAUCCAGACCUCUUAGAGCUCAUGCAUAGAGAAUCAUUCUCCAAACCUUUCUUAUGGCCAGUUUCAAAACAUCAGUUAAGACUUUAUUUUCCCUUGGUAGCACUUUUUUGGGGGAGUUGAAUUAAGAUGUUUUUCUUAAUGUUUCUGUCAAAGCUUCCUUAAAUAUCCUCACUUGAUUUCGAUCAUAAUUCAUCUGCCCUCUUCCAGACUAUAAAUAAUCCCAAGGGUGAGAGAGUUGGGGUGAUGGGGCAAGAAUGGUCAGACCAAUGCACUGGCCUGACUUUAUAAAUUAAUAAAAUGAACAAUUAAAUUAUAAA